AAGUAUGCUGCACCAACAGCGAGCUACGAGAGCCAAUUCUCCUUGUUCAUUAUUAGCCCUGCCCUAGCCUUUGAAAUUCCUCAGCCAACCAUCACCAUGCUAGGCUUAGCAAACAAUGUGGUUAGCAAGGUGGCCUCAGUCGUCACUGGUCACCAUGAGCUUAGCCUGUUUUCCAUGUCUGACAAGAAAAUCUUGGACGAAAUUUAUGCAACUCAUCAUGUCAAUGUUGAUACUUCCUUUGAUGACGAUUCUCUUUUUGGCAUUGUUGAAAACAUCCUCAAGCAUGCAACCCAAACUGUUGACAAAAUUGUGCAGGGUACCCAAGUGCACGUGGAAAACAUAGAGGAGCACACUCCCAAAGCCAGCUUCAGUACACCACUGUGCACACUUAAGUCAAUAGCCAGCGAGAUGCAAUGCAAACCUCCUAGUGAGGAAGUCGCCCACAAAACUACCCUGGCAAUACUGAACAAGCUGUCAAGCUAUUCAUGGGAAGCAAAGGCAGUGUUGACUCUGGCAGCUUUUGCUAUGGAAUAUGGGGAGUUCUGGCUCCUUGCCCAGCUUCAGGAAUCGCACCGACUUGCCAAAUCAAUUUCAAUCCUGAAGAGAGUCCCUUUCCUCCUCAAGCCAUCAAACCUGCAAAAAAGAAGGCAAGCAGUGCUUGAGCUUAACAACUUGAUCAAGACUACAUUGCAAGUUAUCGAGAUCUUCGAUCAGUUCGAUAAGCUUUCUAGUUAUGACCCAAAAGAUGUGCCGGAGUUGGCAUCAGCAAUGGACCAUAUUCCAGUGGAUGUGUAUUGGGCUACUGUGACUGUUGUUGCUUGUGCAACUAAGGUCACUAUUCUUACCAGUGAUGUGGAGAAGGAACAUGACCUAGCCCCAUAUGCUCAAAAAAUCCACUUCGUCCUGAACAAGCUUAAGAUUCAGCUGAAAAUUUGCAGAACACAGAUUGAGGAGGCGGAGACUUACCGGAAGCUCAAGAAAACCUUUCGAACCCCUACUGAAGUAAAGGAGGUUUUCAAGGCCCUGAUCUUUACCAAGGACAAUGUUCAGCCACUGAUUGAUGGUUCCACUAAACAAACGGUUGAGAUCGACAUCCUGAGGAAGAAGAAUAUACUACUGUUCAUUUCAAGCCUCGAAAUCUCCGAUGAUGAUAUUUCUAUCCUCAAACCGAUUUACGAGUCCACUAAGAAAGACAAUCAGCAUAAGAUUGUGUGGGUUCCAAUUGUCGAGCAGUGGACCGAUGACCUGAGAAAGAAGUUUGAGACCCUGAGGCUGAAGAUGCCAUGGUACACAGUGCAGAACCCUGCAACCAUUGCCGGCAUCAGGUUCAUCAAGGAGGAGUGGAACUUCAAGGGUAAGCCUACAUUGGUGGUGAUGAACCCACAAGGAAAGGUCGAACAUUCCAACGCAUUCCACAUGAUUCGGGUUUGGGGAACUCAGGCCUUCCCUUUCACAGAAACAACCGAAAAAGAACUCUCAAAUUCUCAUGGACAUAAAUGGGUUGGCAAUGUAGUCAAAGAGAUUCACCCGACUCUACCCAACAUGAUGAAGGACGAUAAGUACGUUUUCUUCUAUGGAGGCAAAGACAAUGAGUGGAUUAACCAAUUCACAAAGAAAGCAACUGCCUUUGUAAACGACCCCAUCUUCAAGGAAGCAAAGAUUCACAUUGAGCUGUUUUGCGUGGGGAAAGGCAGCAAGGGAGAAGAUGACCACGGCAUCCUCGGGCGCUUCUGGACUGGCAUAGAAAGCUUGUUUCACACCAAGAUUCACAAGGAGCCCGACUCAGUCUCACAAGAAAUCCAGAAGCUGCUUUCUUACAAGAACGAAAGUGGAUGGGCGGUGCUCAGCAAAGGGCAUUCUUUGGUUGUCACUGGUCAUGGUGUCUCAAUCUUGAAGGUCAUAGAGGACUUUGACAAAUGGAAGGACCAUGUGAAAGAGAAGGGCUUUGAGUUUUGCUUCACAACAUACCAUGAGAAGAUUCGUGUUGCAAAUCGUCCUUGCUGCCGCCUUGACAUUCCAGGCUCUACCGGGAAGGUCCCGGAAACAAUGAAAUGUCCCGAUUGCCACCGUAGUAUGGAGACUUUUAUCAGUUACAAGUGCUGCCACAUUGAUGGUCCUAAUGCACACCAUUGAGUUCUGGGUCUCUCUCCUUUUAGUACCACCACUAUGUAAUGGGUUGUUAAUCAAAUAUGUUCCAAGUGUCUAGUACCACUACUAGGCAUUAGAUAUUAUUAUUGCUAGAAUAAAUGGGUAACUCAUGCAUUGUGAUGCGUGGUAGUUUGGUUUCCAAGCCUGUAAUGUUGAGAACUGGUGGCGUUUCUUUUGGUCAGAGUCAUGGUAGUCUACUCUAUGUGAUGUUAAUGUUUUAUUGUUCAAUGUUUGAAUAAUUUCAAUGUACUGUUUUAGAGUGUUUACACACACCCAUUGCAUA